GCAAUUCCCCUCUAGCCUCCCUUGUACAGGAACCUAACCCACUUAACUUACCCAACACUCUCAUCCUGGCACAGGUAGCAGUGAUCUCCCCAAACUGUCUUCACACAAGUAGCAGUGAUCUCCUCUAACCAUCCUCAAGUGCAUGGAGCAAAAAAAUUAAACUAUCUCCUUUACCUGCGUUGGGGAGCGCUGGCCCUCCUCCCAGCAUUGGGGAGCGCUGGCCCUCCUCCCAGCUGCCUAUUGCAUUAGUGCAUUACUCGGUACAUUUCUGAAAUGUUCUGAUUGAUUGAUUUAUUUAAUACUUUUACAUUUGUUUUUUAGCACCUGGGCCACAACUCUUGCCGCAAUGGGAGGAGCUGUGAGUGCUGGAGAAGACAAUGAUGAGCUAAUUGAUAACCUUAAGGAGGCCCAAUACAUUCGGUCAGAUGUGGUGGAACAAGCUUUUCGAGCCAUUGACCGUGCAGAUUAUUACUUGGAUGAAUUUAAAGAAAAUGCUUACAAAGACUUAGCCUGGAAACAUGGUAAUAUCCACCUGUCCGCACCCUGCAUCUACUCCGAGGUUAUGGAAGCCCUCGACUUGCACCCUGGGCUCUCAUUCCUGAACCUGGGCAGCGGGACUGGUUAUCUCAGCACCAUGGUGGGACUUAUCCUGGGUGAGUUAGUUCACUGGGAACAUAUGAUGUUGCCCCCAGUUUUUUAAUGUUCUAUGAAAUUUAUUCUAAGUGUAGCUUAAGGAGCAACUUUCCACAUUACGUUUUGAUAACGUAUCUUGCACAGUUUGACUCCAUGAAAUUCCAGAAUACACCUUGGAGUUAUAGUCCUCAUGCUGACAUAUCAUGUCCAUUGUUAAAGAGCAUUUCUGGGGUAAAACGUUUAAAAGUAGAGCAAUGUUUAGACACAUGGUGGGCCUUCCACUACAACCUAUAGAUUUACUUUAUACGUAAACACUAUGGGAACAUGUAGAUUAUGCAAGAGGAAAUGGGAUGUUUGUAAAAGGGCUUCUCUCCAACCUACUGAAACCCACCAGUAUUGUAAGAAAUGAUGACUCUCUUACAAUGGUGACUGUUUUAAAUAUGUGGACAAAUAAACUACACAGACAAGAGUAUGUAAAAUAAUAUAUAUUAUUCCUUCCAGUAUGAUGUCUACAUGUAUAUUGGGGUUGUUGUGUGUUUUUUUUUUUACUUUGCUUUCAUGUGUAAGAAACAUUCUAACGGAUGUGUAGCUUUUACCAGCUGUUAGUUUCACAGCCCCAGUGUGUUGUAUGCGCCUGAUGUUAGUCUGUCUCUGUGAACAGGACCGUUUGGCAUUAAUCACGGAGUGGAGCUGCAUGCUGAUGUUAUCGAAUACGCAAAGCAAAAACUCGAUCAGUUUGUACGCACCAGUGACAGCUUUGACAAGUAAGAUUAACCCCUGAGGUUCAGGGUGCACCAAACAGGUCAUUAAGAGUCUAAGUACUAAAAUAACUUUGCAUGAGGGAGCAGAGAAUACAAUACACCCAACCUCCUCAAUAAGAGUAUCUUAUAACUGUAAUGGUUGGUAAAAGCCGUAAAGCAACCUCUCAGAGCUGUCAGGCUUCGUUUUAGGCUGCCUUUAUUAUUUUCGUAGAUAUUGUGCUUGCGCACAGCUUGUAUUGAUCUGUCUAUCCUCUCCAUAGAGAGGCUCAGACCGUAAACUCUCCAGGAAGUUUAUUAUUCAGAUAUAUUAUACGAUUUAUAUUUCAUCUGGCUACAUUGCCGUAAAUGAGGGGAAGUGUGGGAUUUGAAUCAUCGCUACACUGAUUUUCUAUAUACGAGUCCCCUCUAAAAUGUUAACAUAAGGAUUUGAGCUAGUGCGCAGGUAACUCUUCUUUUUUUUUUUCUUAGGUUUUUAAUAUACAGGAUGGUAGUAAGUGCUAAGCUCAUAUAUAUUAAACAGACACUAUAGUCACCUAGACCAUUACAUCUCAUUAAAGUGGUCUAGGUGCAGUGCCCCUGUCCCCUUAAUCCCUCAAUGUAAAACUGCAUGUUUACAUUGCAGAGUUAACAUUGACACAUGGCGCAGAAUUCCCUAUGUGAUCAUUUGAAUCCCGUGUGGCACUCACCGCACAUGGGCAUUAGGUCCCCAAUGCUCUCUAUUUUAAAUAUUGGAUUGGACCUUCACGGAAGAGGCAGGGCCUCCUCUGUGUUGUCAGUGGGGGAGAAGAGGUGAGCAGUACAGAGGGAGCCUCGACAUUGGAAUAAAGUAAGACUUUUUUUUUUUUUUUUUUUGCUCUAAGGUGGGACCUCUUUAGAGCUAGAUAGAGGAACACUAUAGCAUUUGGGAAUAUAGAUUUGUAUUACUUUAAAGAAACACUCCUUUGGAAAACUGGUUAUAGUGCAAGGAGCGCCCUGGCAUCCCCAAUGUGAAUGGUUUGCUUUUUUUAUACAUCUAUGUGUGUGCAUCUGUUGACACUCCUCUCUUUUUGCUUAACAAUUGACAACUUACCUGGGAUCUACCUGGCACUAGUCACUUCCUACAUUGAGAGCCGGCUGUUCCUACGUGGAGCUUCUGUUAGUUCCUCUUCAGCUAAACCUUGCCAUGCUGCAUCAGGGGAUCGCUCUCAGCCAGUGAGCCAAGUCCUGCAGCGUCAGACUUGGCUCAAUGCAAAGACCCCCAGCUCCGAGCAUCAUUACCUCUAUAGUGCUAUAGUUGUUUUGGUGCCAGGACUGUUCCUUUUAAGCUGAUAUAACAAUAGUAAAAAAAUUAAAAGAAUUGCAGUUACUUCAGGGCCUCUUCAAAAUACAAGCGAAGCCAAACAAUGAGAAUAGGCUGUACAUUGUAGCCUGACACUAGGAAAGACCACGUUAGUUGUUAUCGAACAAGAUGAGAACAUUUACUGAACUCUUUGUAGCAUUAACCUAUGUAACCCCUUGUUUUAUAUUACGUGUCCUUCCCCCGGGUUUGAUUUUUGUAACCCCUUGUUUUAUAUUACGUUCCCCUCCACCGGGUUUGAUUUUUGUAACCCCUUGUUUUAUAUUACGUGCCCCUGCCCCAGGUUAGAUUUUUGUAACCCCUUGUUUUAUAUUAUGUGCCCCUCCACCGGGUUUGAUUUUUGUAACCCCUUGUUUUAUAUUACGUGCCCCUCCCCCAGGUUAGAUUUUUGUAACCCCUUGUUUUAUAUUAUGUGCUCUUCCCCAGGUUUGAUUUUUGUGAACCCUGUUUUGUAAGUGGAAACUGCUUAGACAUUUCUCUGGACUUCUCUGCGUAUGACCGAGUGUAUUGCGGGGCUGGGGUACAGAAAGAGCAUGAAGAGUAUAUGAAGAAUCUUCUGAAAAUUGGAGGAAUCCUCGUCAUGCCAAUAGAGGAGAAGGUAACUGCAGUGGUACUGAUCCCCACCUUUCCCAAUGCAACAGACAUUUCAGGUUGUAUGUGUAAUAGAGUAACUGCCUAUCAGCCGUCUAUCCAUAUAGCAACUACACUGAGCAUUAGCUCACGUUUAUCUACUCCACGUGCCACGAAGGACAUUUGAACAGGCUAGGAUCUGUGUCAGAAAAUGGCAUGUCCAGAGAUUGUAAGGAGUGUGAGCUGUGUUUUAUGUUGUGAUUUAAAAGGAUACUUGGUCUACUAAAAGAAAUACUCCAAUGGGGGGGGGGGAAACUAGAUCUUUCCCCAUGCAGGGUCCCUUUCAGUCUUUGUCUGUGGCUUAUUCCAUUCCAUCCAUUACAGUUCUCAUUUUCUGUUUAGCUCACCAAGAUAACCCGCACCAGCACCUCCACGUGGGACACCAAGAAAAUCCUGGCAGUGUCAUUUGCUCCCCUCAUUCAGCCCUCGAAAGGAGAAACUGGGAAAGCCAAGAGCCUCAUACUGCGUAAGUAAAUAAUAUGGGUGAAUGGAAAUCGAUUUUAAAAAAUCUGUCCUAAUUCUAUUUGAAUGUUUUUGUGAGAAAAUGUGACACGCGAAGACUGAAUUUGGAUAAAUAUUUUAAAAAGUUAUGUUUUAUAUUUUGUGAAACAUACUAAAACAGGAUACACAUACAACCAAACUAUACAUUAAAAAUAUUUCCUUCCCGUUUUUAAAACUUUAUUGUAAAUUUGAAUCACACCAAUUGGGUAAAUGUCUUAUUUUGCCCAGUUUAGCACAUUUUAUUGAUUUUAUUAAAUGCUUAGGAAGUGCUCUGAACAGUAACAAGGGAAGAUUUCGCCCACCAGCUUGCCACCUCUUUCUAAUGCAGGGUAUGUUUCUAUGCCGGGCAUGCCAUCUGUGCCAAGGACAAGGAGGAAUUGUUCUGUGCCUGUCAGGAAAAUCAGGUUUUACAGAGAUUCCUGGUUUGAUAGAAAUCAAGUUCAUUACUCUCUAAGAAAUUAUUUAUCUCAUUUUGGUAGCAUAGGUUAUAUUUCAAACGUUGACUUGUUUUUGUUUUGUUUUUAGCUCCUCCAAACGUGCGCACUCUUCAGGACCUGUCUCGCAUUGCCAUCAGGACCCGCAUUAAAAAGAUAAACCAAGGAUUUGGUUGCAGAGGAGUUAGUGGAGUACAGAAAAACCCACCUCGCUUCAAGCGCAAGAGACUGCGAAGGCGCCGUUUGGACACUAUUGUCUUUUUGGACAAGCAGAUUUACGCCAGCCGGAUCCCUAACCCAUUUGAUUUCGACGACGAUAACAACAACUGCGAAGAUGUGGAUGACGAUCACAGGGAGGAAGAGGAGAGAGCAGCAAGUGAACCCAAGGCAGAGCCACAGGUCAAUUUACUGCGAGAGAAGAUCCUGAGCCUCCCACUGCCGGACCCUCUGAAAUAUUAUCUGCUUUACUACAGGGAAAAAUAAACCGAGCUUGAUGGCAUUGAAAUGUACAGUAAGGGGGCUUCUCCUGCAUCUCCAGCAUGCUCCGCAGACUGUGCCACCUCCGUUGGGUGUGAUUGGCUCCGGCCGUGGCCUUUGGGCAAGCAGUGGGUGUUGCUUCAUUUAGACCACAUUCCUUAUUUCCCCAGCUCAGUACUCUGUGGUUAAGACUUUUUCUCUGCUGGGCUAACACUUGUCCUGUAAUCACCUGUUACAAUAUUUGGCUUGCUUUGCUAGACAUUUUCUUUUGUGGGUGAAGAGAACUUGUCUAGGACACGUCUGGUGCUUUUUCACGACUUUCUUUCCAAAGCACAACUAGUUUCACCACAAAGUUCAAAUUUUAGGGGAUAAUUGGCCAGAAUUGGUCAUUUUCACUGGUUUAUUUAACUUGUCAAUUUUUGCUUAGGAGCAAAUACUUUGUAUUUCCUUUAAUUUAUGCAGCGAAUUGGUAAGAGGUUUUUUUUUUUUUUUGGACCGCAGGUCUGUAAAUGUUCUCGUUCGGUUGGAUGCAAAUGUAAAUCUCUAGCCAAAUCUGUUUCAUUUCCAGAGAGAUUUGUUAAUUUCUAUAUAAAUUAAAAAAAAAAUGCCCUUGUAAAUAAUGGGAACCACCCAAACUCCAGGAUGCAUUUAAUUUUCUAAUGACUGCUUUCAGAAUUCCCAGCCGUUUAUGACUUUUUUUACAAUAUUGGCAGAUGCUUGGUGGAGAGUUGGUUUGGCGCAGGGUGAUUCUGCACAUUUAAAUAAUGUGCCGUCUGCUCCCAAACUCUAGUCCAUCGCAGAGCAGGGUGUCUGCACAGUUACCUCUCUCAUGCUUCCGAAACAAUCUACUGAACUUUACUUCCUUUCUAUUGUAGGUACGGGUGGUUUUUGGCAUAUAAUGUAUAAAACGCAUUUGUCAUCUUCCAGUGGAAAUUUGCAUAAUGUCGCACUCUCUCUAUAACAUUCAUUUUAUAGAUAUUGGAACUUUAAAAUAAAAUUGGAUGUCCAGUGCAGCUGAAUGUACUGCAAGUGUUUUUGGUGUAUCCAGAAGGGGGCAAUGUGUCCAGCCUCAGUAGUAUCCAGUAGACUUGUAGCCUUGUUGUGGUUUCUCUUUCCUUUGUGAGUUUGUAAAAGAAGUGCGAUCAUGUUUUAUUACUUAGGGAAGAGUAAAAUUCUAUUUCAUAAACUGUUUGCUUAGCUUUGCAACCCAGUGAGAUAGCCUGCUGCACACACAGCUUGUCUCCAUGCAAGGACCUAAAACAAGGGGAAUAAUAUGUUAUACAUUUCUUUAAAGGGACACCAUAGUCACCUGAACAACUUUAGCUUAAUGAAGCAGUUUUGGUGUAUAGAACAUGCACCUGCAGCCUCACUGCUCAAUCAUCUGCCAUUUAGGAAUUAAAUCCCUUUGUUUAUGAACCCUAGUCACACCUCCCUGCAUGUGACUUGCACAGCCUUCCAUAAACACUUCCUGUAAAGAGAGCCCUAUUAUUGCAAGUUCUGUUUAAUUAAGAUUUUCUUAUCCCCUGCUAUGUUAAUAGCUUGCUAGACCCUGAAAUAGCCUCCUGUAUGUGAUUUAAAGUUCAGUUUAGAGAUUUAAGGUAAAUUACAUCUGUUUGAAAGUGAAACCAGUUUUUUUUUUUCCAUGCAGGCUCUGUCAAUCAUAGCCAGGGGAGGUGUUGCUAGGGCUGCAUAAACAGAAACAAAGUGAUUUAACUCCUAAAUGACAGUGAAUUGAGCAGUGAAAUUGCAGGGGAAUGAUCUAUACACUAAAACUGCUUUAUUUAGGUGACUAUAGUGUUCCUUUAAGUUACAUUACGAAUACUACUGGUCAGGUCUACUCGACCCUGCAAACCUUCUGUCAUGUGACUCCCAGGAAUGGACAGGCGGCUGCAUGUGUACAUUCCGCUCACAGCCUCUGAGACUUCCUGCAUGUGGGAGCAUGCUAGAGUGGCAGAACGGUGCUACAGCUUCCUGUGAACUCCAUAUUAGUAGUUGUUAUCCCUAUGGAAAUCCUAAAAAUAAUAUGGAAAUGGCUGUUUUGCUAUAUUUUUGGAAGCAAUUUUGUGUGCGGUAGUAAUGAUGGAAUACAUGUUAUGAACAUUGAUCACAGUGAAUUUUAUAUCGAUUCUGCUAUUUUCCAAUAACCCUGAGGAUCCACAUUGACAGUAGGGUGUCCACCACGUGCCUGAAUUUCCACUCACCAGGGCUAAAUUUCUACUUGCCAUUGGCUACUAGAAAUGUUGAUCCCUGUGUAAUAUUGCGUCCCCCUGUCCCCCACCCAGCCAUAAUGUCUUACUUACACUAAGCGGAGGAUUGUGGUGGGUUAGCCAAUGAAUUGCAAAUUGUGGGCCUGAAUAGCAAUAUUGGAAAAAUUCCAACCUCCAGCUUCUCUAUUUCUUAGUGCUUUACCCAAUAAACAUCAGUUCAUGUCUUAAUAAUUCAAUUUCCUUUGUAUCAACGCUUUUCUGUUUGAAAACUUACAAAUGUGCAUUUUAGUAGUGAGAUUUAAUUACAUUUUACUGAUCUUUGCUUACUGUUAAAGCCACUCUCCCAACCAAAAAAAAAG